AUGUCUCGCCAUCGCGCCUACUCCACUCCAGCCUCACCUACCCCUUCGCCCGCCCUACACACCUCUUCCCGGAUUCAAGACCCCUUCUUCCCCUCCAUAUCACAGCAGGUCCAGGCUCAGCCGAUUCUUGACCGCCGUGAACGCUCCGAAGGACAAUAUACGGAGCGGCAGCAGCCAAGAGCAUUGACAGAGGCCUCCCUCGCUGCUCUCACCCAGGCCGCCGGGCCGUCCACCUCCACCCGGCAAGGCGCGCCCGCUCAGCCAUCCCGAUAUCCUUAUCCUUAUGGCGAUGUUCCUUUCUCCUUGCCCGGACCUGGAGAUGCGGGCUUCGGGUAUGAUCAUCCUGUCCCCCGCCCGUCUGCCACGCCCAGCACGACGAGCGUUUCGGAUCAAGAGGACGAAGAGGAUGGGGAAGGGUAUAUUCAGGGUCAGAAUAAGGAGGAUCGGGUGGAGGUGAGGAAAUGGAUGGAUCGGAAGGGCAAGGGGAAGGAACGGGCUGUGGAGAUGGGGCAUGGCAGGGGGAUGGCGGGGAGUCUACCAGAGGAGGUUCUCAUGCAGAUUUUCCGGCACGUACCCACUCGCAACCUCUCCACCGUGAUGCUCGUAUCGCGAAAUUGGUGCCUUUCCGCCUUUCCCCUUCUCUACUCCCGCCUCUCCAUCACGUCCACCCCCCAACUCGCUUCCCUCGCCCGGAUCCUGACCGCCCCGCCGUCCUCCCUUUCAUUACCUUACGCCACCCAUAUCCGCCGGAUCAACCUCAAUCAUAUCGCCUCAUCACUCACGCCCGACCUCUUCACGCCUCUGGCGGCCUGCGUCAGGCUAGAGCGGAUCGUCAUGGUUGGCUCGGUGCAUAUCUCCGCUGGGUCGCUCAGGGGUGUUUUGGAGAAUGUACCGGAAUUGAUCGCGAUCGAUCUGGCCAAUACGCCAGGGGUGGAUGAUAGUGUCAUGAAGACUCUGGGGAGGCGGUGUAGACGACUGCAGGGGCUGAAUAUAAGCGGGUGUAAGAGUGUGGGAGAUGAGGGCGUCAAGGCGGUAGCGAAGGGCUGUAAGAUGCUACGCAGGAUGAAAGUCGCAGGUUGCCACCGCCUGACGGACGACUCCCUCAUCCACCUCGUCCGCCUCUGCCCGCUCAUCCUCGAGCUCGACCUCGCCGGCGUCCCCCAACUACGCGAUACGUCAAUUUACGCGAUGUGGCUCAACUCGAUACACCUCCGCGAACUCAAGCUCGGAAAAAUCGCCAACCUCACUUCUGGCGCUUUCCCGGACCUCCCACUCCUCUACUCGGAACAGGAUGACGAGGUUCUGAACCUCUCCAAUCCAGGCUGGAUCGCCUAUAUCGACCACGGGCGAGACCGAGAUCGGCGAUCCACGCCCGAUCCAAACUUUCUCCGUCCGCUUGCGCCGAUCUUUGAUUUAUUGAGAGUCAUCGAUUUGACGGGAUGUACGGAGCUCGAGGAUCCGGCGCUCGCGUGUCUGGUCAACUCGGCGCCGAAAUUGAGGAGUUUGACGCUGGCGAAGUGCGCAAAGUUGACGGAUAGGGGAAUGAGUAGCGUGGCAAGGUUGGGGAAACAAUUGCAUCAUCUGCACUUGGGCCAUGUGGAGUUGAUUACGGAUGCGGCGGUGACGGAAAUCGCGCGUAGCUGUACCCGACUCCGAUACGUCGACGUUGCUUGCUGUCCCCUCCUCACCGACCUAUCAGUCUUCGAGCUCUCCUCCAACCUCCUCAAGAUCCGCCGGAUCGGGCUCGUCAAAGUUGUCAACCUGACAGACGAAGGUGUCUACGCUCUCGCGGAACGCAACUCUUCCCUCGAGCGCAUUCAUUUGAGCUAUUGCGACAAUAUCUCGGUCCGGGCCAUCACGUUCUUGCUCAAUCGACUAAUGAAGCUGAGCCAUUUGAGCUUAACGGGAGUGAAGGCGUUCAGGAAUGAGGAGGUGCAUCGGUUCAGGAAGGCCGCGCCUGCGGAAUUCACUGAACAUCAAUCCGCCUCGUUCUGCGUCUUUUCAUACCACGGCAUCAACGCCCUUCGCCAUUAUCUCAACGCUGUCCAGUCCGCCCAGACCGCCGGUAGCGAUACAACCACCACGCGCCGCGGAUCCGGAUCUUCCGCUUCUUCCCUUACCGUCCCC